AUGAUCGGUGCAAUUGUGCUGCUUGCUGCGGUCAGCUUGCCAUUUGUGAGGGCGCAGAACGAGACAAUGGAAGAACCCACAGAGUUCCUCUAUCCUCAAAGUGACUUCGAUUCACGAUUGCGAUCAUACUUCGAUGUCAAACAGCAAUCGAUAAAACCCAGUUGCAUUGUGCAACCAAGGAACACCGAAGAGGUCUCAACUGCCGUGAAAGUACUGUCUGGUGCCGGUUUUCUGAGGCAGUGCGGUUUUGCGAUCCGUAGUGGCGGGCACACACCUUAUGCCGGCGCUUCUAACAUCGAAGAUGGAGUGACCAUCGACCUGCAGUACAUCAGUUCCAUUGAGUACAAUGAGAAGAGUAACCUUGUCAAGGUUGGUCCAGGUGCGAGCUGGCACGACGUGUUUGCUACUCUCGAACCUCUCGGCGUCAUUACAACCGGCGGUCGAUCGGCUACAGUUGGAGUAGGAGGACUAACGUUGGUUGGUGGGAUCUCAUAUUUCACGCCUGAGCAUGGCCUCAUCUGCGAUAACGUGCUUGAGUUUGAAGUUGUUCUUGCAGAUGGUCGAGUUGUGACAGCUUCGCAGACCAGUAACUCCGAUCUCUUCACGGUCCUCAAGGGCGGCGGCAACAAUUUUGGCGUCGUGACGGCCCUGAAGUUCAGGACGUUCCCUUACAAGGGAAUGUGGGGUGGCCUAGUGACUUAUCUCAGUACGACCAUCGACGCACAGUUCAAGGCAUUGGCCAACUUUGCCAACAAUAUGGAUAAGGACGUCAAAGGCGCCGUCAUUGUCAUGCCAGCGUACAUGAGCGCUGUUGGCAUUGAUCUAGUCGCGAAUACAUACGAUUAUGCAGAUCCUGUAGUGAAGCCCCCGGCUUAUGAUGAGUUCAUGGCAAUACCUGGAAAUAUCUCAGAUGCCACAGGGCUCAAGAACAUGUCCACUCUUGCCAAAGAGUUGGAACAGCCAAACACUUACAGUGUAUACUUUGGUACUCUCACUUUCGCAAACGAUUUGAGAGUGCUGACCAAGUCCUAUGAGAUCUAUGUGGAAGUGCUCGCGAACCUCAAAGCCAAGGCGACAGGAGACUGGGGUAUUUAUACACUUUACCAACCAUUGGCACCCGCAUACUGGCGACAAAGCGCCGAAAGAGGUGGCAACGUACUCGGGCUUGACCGUUUUGGUGAUCAGGUCCUGUGUCUAUACCAACCGUACAUAUAUUGGCAAGGCUCAGAGCAGGAUACGCUCUUCCAGACGGCUGGCGCGGACCUCGUCAAAAAUAUCCGGGCGUAUGCCGAAAGCAUUGGCGCCGAUAAUCCGUACCUGUACAUGGGCUAUGCGGACAAGGAGCAAGAUCCGCUUGCAAGCUAUGGUCCAGAGAAUGUGAGGAAGAUGAAAGCUGCUGCACAGAAGUACGACCCCGAUGGUGUUUUCCAAAAGCUGGUCCCGGGCGGCUUCAAGAUCUCCAAGGUUCAGUAG